AUGGUGACAAAUUUGACCACUAAAGUAGAGACACUGACAAAGAAAGUUAAAAAAAGAGGGGUUGUGAUUUAUGCAAAGGACAGACUAUCACCGAAAUUUAUUUUUAAAGAUGACCAAGGAAGAUUUGUGGCAAUUGAAAUUCAAACACAAGGAGAAAAAUUUUUGAUAGUAGGAAUUUACGCACCAAAUGAAGGGAAAUCUGAUUUUUUUAAGAAGUUGCAUGAGACUUUGAUGGACUACCUGGAUUACAACAUGAUUUUGAUGGGAGACAUGAAUGGAGUGGUAUCUACACAUAUGGACAAGGCACAAAGACCUUGGUACACAAGGAUGGUAGACUACCGAAAACCUUUUUUGGGAUGA